AUGGCCGACCAGCAGCUCCAAGAGGCUGUUGCGGCAAUGGUCGACCGCCUCGACCGGCGCUUUCUACGUGCGUUGCAGCGCGACGGGUACCUCUGCGCGGCCAAAGCGUUCGAGCACACGGACUGGUCGUCCGAGCAGUUGACUGCGGCCGUCGAGCGCUGUCAGCGCCCGACGCAGCAGCUGAACCAGUUGAUGCAGCAGGAGAUGCAGCACUUCCAGAGCCGCGUGCAGCGCUGUGCGCAGGACUGUCAGGACAGGGCACAGGACGCUCUGCCUGCGCGUGGAACGCCCAGCGACGCGCAGGUCGCACGGGCGCAGAAGGACAUGGACACGUGCGUGCGUCGCUGCGUCGACACGCACGUGGGGCUGCUGCCCAAUCUAAGCGCCCGCAUCGAGCAGGCGGUGACCCAAAUUAAGGACCAAGCGCACUAA